UUGGAACGCGAAACAUACGACAUCGCCAACAAUCCAACAGUCCGCCGCCAAUUCCCGAGCACCGUGCAUCGGCGACCACGAAUUUCGAAUUCAACAUUUUUGAACGUUACGUCAGUGUUGCUGCUGUAGCUCGUGUUGUUGCUGCUGUCGGUGUCGUUGCAGCAGCAACAAAAAAUAUUUUUGGCGCCGUUUUAUUUGUGCGCGGUUGUGUGUCGAGUUUUGAAAUCGUUGCGAACAAGGAACGUUUUGAAAUCCUCUAACUGCCAGGAGCUUUCAAAAUCAACACUCCUGAUAAUUCAACAAACAAAAAAACCAAAAGGCUGUGUGAAGUUCGAAACCACCUGCGAAUAUGACAACCUCAACGCGCAGCAGUAGCAACACAAAUAGCAACAAUAACCACAACAACGACCGCGAGGAGCGAACCUCAGCCAGCACCACCACAUACAACCACCACAGCCCAACAGGAUCCGAAUCCGGAACUCCAGGAGCCACCAUUGGUUCCACGAGUCGAGUGAUGCAGGCGGACGAGGACUUCAACAUCCGCUUUGUCAACCUGGUGCGCACCCACAAAUGUCUCUACGAUAAGAAGGUGCCAGAGUACCGCAACAGGGACAACCAAGAAAAAGCAUGGGUGCUUAUUUCCAAGGAGACGCGUGAAAGUGUGAUCCACUGCAAGGAGCGAUGGCGCAACCUACGCGCCUGCCUUUCCCGCUACAUAAAGCAACAGUACGGAUCGGAGCCACAGCACAAACCCUACUACCUGACCGAGCACAUGGCGUUCCUGCUGCCCUUCCUCAAGUCAAGUCGAAACUCCCUGGAGGGGAACAACAGUUUGGCCACGCUGUAUCAGAUGUCCCAGCAACACCUGCACCACCAUCAGCCGCACCUGCUCCACCCAGCAAUCCAUGCCCACGAGGAGCACAAAUAUUGCGCAACGACCAACAAUAAUAAUAAUAACAUCAGUAAUAAUAGCGAGAAUAUGGAGGAGGCAUUGGAGAUGAAGUACUCGAUAUCGGAGAAGGACGAUGAGGAGACCAUCGAUGCCUUUGAUCCGGCGGUGACCAACACCUUGGGUCUGAAGCAUCUGUCGUCCACGCCCACCCACAGCACCCACGCCCAUCAAAGGGGCGGAGGAGAUUCGCCUGCCAGGAGUGAUACGGCCAGUGCGGACAGCAUGAAGAACUUCAUUCCGGAUGUGCAGCUGGCCGAGACGGGUUCACAGCUCAUUUACAACGAUAGCGGGCGAGGCACACCGCCGCCCCUUCAUUACCAUCCGCACUCUCAUCCACAUCCACAUCCUCAUCCCCUGGCCCUGGCAAUGGAUCAUCACCCAGCGUCCUUCGAACCGGGCACCAAAAGGAUUAAGACGGAAUGCGAGGCCACCAGCACGAUGACAAAUGCAGGAGGUUUCUACGGCGGAUUGAGUUCCUCGGAACUUGCGGACAUGGAGUUCUUUCGCAGCAUCCUUCCAGAUCUGGCGGCUCUUACUCCCCAGCAACGCCGCAAGUUCAAGAUUGGCAUUCUGGAGCUCAUCGAUGACGUCGUAACCCGUUAUCCCGCCCAGGAGCACUGCAACGGAGGAGGACCAGCGAACGUGGUCAACGGCAGUGGAGGAAGCAGCAAUGGGGGAUCUGUGAAGCAUCAAAGGCGCAGCUCUGGACGUGAUUGGCGAAAACAAUGAAGGCAUGGGAAAAGGAACGGAAAGUCACUAAUCCUUAACUAGAAAUAUGAUAAGUUUAGUUAGAAGCUUAAGGUGGAACUGAAGUUGGAGUGGAUGCCUUUACUAUCGGUAUCUAAGCCAACUAUAGUCCGCUCACUGUUCAUGUGUUGUGUGCGCUCAAUCAGAUGAGUAAGUAAAUAUGGGCAUUAAAUGAUUUCACACUAACGAGUUUUGUUCGAUUUCGAUUUCCCGAAAACUUUGAUUUUCUAUUUGAACUUACGUGUCAUUCACUUCUGUUCAAAUUUAAAUUAAACAUAAUAAAAACAAGAUCGGUAUCGAACACGAAUGGAUGUGAAAACAGGAGAUGCCCGAUAAGCCAUUAAGCUCUAAAUGAAGCAGACCAGGGAUCCCUGAAAACCGUUAUUUGUAUUUAUAAAUGUGUGCAAAUCAAUUCUUUGGAGAUUUAUGAAUUACAAACACGGUUUUUAUGGAGCUUCUUGUCAGUUUCGUAUAGAGCGUAAACUUAAGAAAACUGUAUAUAUGAUGUUGCUAAAGCUUAAACUAUUGAAUCGAUGUACAAAGCUUGUCCGGAUUAAGUAAACAAAAUAACAAUAAAGAGAAAGAAGGAAAUCAAA